AUGACUUAUGAGCCAAGGAAGUACAAGACUAAAAAUUUGUUCUCAGUUCCAGUUCAGGAAGUAAUUAAGACAAGUUCUCCCGUUUACUACUAUCCUGACACGAGACAAAUGGAACUGAAUUGUACCUUCAAGGGAUGGCCUCGUCCUCGUGUAGUUUGGUACAAUCCAGAUAAAAAACAAAUCAUCAACGGAUCUGAAGGUUUUUACAUCUCAGAGCAGCUGGUUGGAAAGGAUACCUUAAGUUCUCUUCUUCGUAAUCUUAAUAUCCAAGAAAAAGACGAAGGGGAUUAUAUUUGCACUGCAACGAACGGUUGGUCGAGUGAAAUUUCAAAGAUAAUUGAGCUGGUUUAUAAGUGUAAGUGGUCUGAUUAGUUAGAGGUAUGUUUUGAAGUGAACCCGGAUUACUGUAUACCAAGAGGCUGGAAGUGGGGGGGAGGGAUCCUGAUCCCGUAUUUCCCCUCUCUUUCACCACAAUCCCGUACCCCGAACGUCUGUCAUCUCUAUCCCGAAUACCGUUUUCUUUCAGUUUUUGGCGAAUCCCGCUUCCCGAUCGAGUAGCGGUCAAUUCCCGUAUCGCGUAAAAAAAAUUGGGGGUUUUCCCGAAUCCCGCCUGUAUUUCGUGCGAGAAUACCCUUCCAGACCCUGUACAUAUCCGUAUAUCGUUUUCUUUCCCAAUCCUGCAUCCGUGCCCAAAUUUUGGAGAAUCCCUCUUCCGCAGAAGCAGUCAAAUCCCGUAUCCUGUUAACGUUUCCCGAAUCCUGCACUGUAUUUCAGUCAAAUCCCGGAGCCUGGGAAUACCCUUGUAGAUCAUAGAUCCCGUACAUGCCGUCCGACGAAAUUGUCGCGGAUGAAGUUGACAUUCUUUCUCUCCGAUGAGCAGGAAAAAUACAGCUCUUCGGUUGCCUUGCAGUCAACAGACAUUCCAUUCAGAGGGAAUAAUAAACCCCAAGAGCCAUUAUGGCUUUUGUAAACCCUUAAUGACUGGUCCAGAGGGAAACAGUCAAUUUUGUUUCACUAGAAUCUCAAUGUUUCCAGAGGCGAAACCGAGGAAAACAUCGAGAUUCGUGAUUUGUUAUACAGCUGGAAAUUCAUUAAACCUAGCUGUAACGGCGGUCGUUGGUCAACAUUCGCGGGCAACAGAGCACUGUUACCCUCUGACGUCAUACAUUUUGCAAUGUUGCUCGCUCAGAGAUUUUGGCGUGAAACAGUUUCAUUGUUAGAUGUCAUGUGACCUCGAAGUAACCAAUGAGAGCGCCCGCUGUUAAGAAGAAAUUUCCAGCCACAUAACAAUGUAAGAUAUUAGCUGAUUUCAGGAGCCUUAUAUCGCGCUAAAUUUUAAUGAAUGUCUUAUCCCUUCAAACGGUGAGAAAAAAUACGUCGCUUGUGUAGCCCCCGACAGUUAACUUUAAAGAUAAACGAAGAACUUCUUGCCACUACCCUCUUCCACUCCGAAUUCUAGGAAUCCUUAGCUUAUUAGAAAAAUAAUAGAUAGUCUGAAUGUCUUCUUUUACCUUUUAUGCGGUGACUGAUGAUUAUCACGCAUAAAAAGCCUAUCCAUUGGACUACGAUAAAGAUGAUUAUAAUCAUGGGAGAAUGAUAUAAUAGAGAAAAUUUAAAUUCAAUUCUGUAAACAAGCUCUAGGUGUGAAUAAACAGGGUCCAAAUGUCCAAAUGAACUUGGAUGACUACCACGGAAAGAAAUAACUAACGUAAAUAUAAUCAAAUUUUGGAUACAUUUGGAAAACAAACAAGAUGAUUAUUAUGCCAAGCAAUGUUUACAAAUAUCAAAAGAUAUGGCUGAGAAAAACCAGAUGAGUCUUAUGAAAAUAGUUAAUACCUUAUGCAACAAUCCGAAUCUCAGUGAAUUGUAUUUAAAUGAUUAAAAACUCCUUAACAUAUAUAAAGAAUAUCUAAUUAACUAUACGUGAAGUACUGGCUUUACACCAAUAUAAUCUAAAAAGAAAUAACAAGAAGCUAAAAUUCUACUCAACAUUCAAAAAUGACCAUCACAAAAGUGAUUGCUUGAACAUAAUCAGCAAUAUAAAUCACAAAAAAACACUGAAUAAAGACAGACUUGGCAAUCGUCCCUUACAAAUUGAAACGGGCAGACAUACAGUACCGAAAACUCCAGAAAAUCUUCGAAUUUGCCCCUUCUGCCACUUAAAUGAAGUUGAACACGAAUUACACUUUCUAUUCAAUUGUAAUCUUUACGAUAGUCUUCGAUCUAACUUUUGCAGAAACAUUAGUAAUAGAUACCCCCCUUUUAAUAAUUUUGACAACAAUAAAAAAGAUGUUCUUCAUAUUUAACAAUGUCGAUCCUCAUAUCUACAGACUGACAGCUGCUUACAUACAUUUAUGUAUGGAAUAUAGACAAAAACUUGUUCUUUAUUUAAGAUUCAUAAGUAAUGUAGGUAAUACCACGUACUCACGUGGGAAUACUGAAUGCUGUAGUCCACUAAAGUUGUACAAUAGCACGGCAAUGAUCUUUAAAUUAUAUUUGAUUUGUUGAUAAUAUCUGCCAUAUAUCUUCUAAUUAUGCAGGUCUGGACCCUAAGCAUCGGCAUAUUUCUCUUCCCGGGGUUUCGGUGAUGGCCUACAACAACGUCAGUUUAAAGUGCUUGGUUGAAAUAGAUCCUGACGACUGCGCAAAUUCAAUGAAAUUUCAGUGGUUUUUUAACAACAGCUCAACGCCAUUAACAAGUGGUGAAAAGUAUGAUAUACAAGAAAGGAGAACUAACAGCAGAUGCAAAAUAAAUUUCAUUCUCACCAUAGCUAAUGUUACUGACGAUGAUGAGGGAAAGUAUAAAUGUCAGUGGAUCUGUCACAAGGACGCCCCCAGUUCCCUCCAUUCCACGUCUUUUAUCCAGUUGAACGUAUUUCGUUUUACAGGUAUUGUUUCCACUACAAGAUUUCUCUAUUGGCUUCUCCAAAUUUUACUACACAUUGAAUGAUCUUUUAAUAAUCAUGUACCUAAAAAAGGUCUUCUCUAAACGCAAGCUCGAGCGGUUUUCCAAGACACGGAUCAGUAACAAGUGCGAUAAGAAAGUCAAUUAAGUCAAAAACUCGUCGUUGAGUGAUAGAUCACUUGAAUGCGUUUAACAAUCGUGCUUUUUUUUUUUUUUUCAGAACCAACAACCGAGACCACUACUGAUGGGAACACAGCAUCGCCAGGUAAAAAACAGCAUUUCCUUAUAACCAAGGGCAGCCAACGUCAAUUUUCGGAAAAUAUCUGUUCGGAAGACGAUUUGAGAUUUUGAAAUUUCGGAACAUUUGUUGUAAAAUUUCUUGCUUUCCUGCCUCUCCUAGGAUUUUCGAACAUCUAAAACAUGGUAUAAUUGCCCAUUUUGAACGGAUUUUUACCCUAAAAAGUUCACCUAGAAUUUUCGGGGGCCUUUUCUGGCUGAAAUUUUCGAAAAGGAAAGUUCUGGUCGCUGUAAUUUUCGGAUCACUAGACUUUCAGCUAGAAAAUCCGAACAGAUGAAACAUGUUUAGGAUAUAAAAAUGUGCCUUUAUCUACCGUUUAAAUACUAAAAUACGUUUAACAAUGCUAUGUUUAAGUGUUUUUGAACUAUACUUUUGUUGGGCGCCCCUGUAUAACGCAAACUCUGGCUAAAGGUACCUCAAUUAGCCAGUCACAACGAAGACGAGAUGUGAAAUGAGUGAACAUUCACAUUCUAAAGUUACAGACACCUUGUGUAAAAAGGGGUCUAAAAAAGGUCUUCUCUAAACGCAAGCUCGAGCGGUUUUCCAAGACAUGGAUCAGUAACAAGUGCGAUAAGAAAGUCAAUUAAGUCAAAAACUCGUCGUUGAGUGAUAGAUCACUUGAAUGCUUUUAACAAUCCUGCUUUUUUUCUUUUUUUCAGAACCAACAACCGAGACCACUACUGAUGGGAACACAGCAUCGCCAGGUAAAAAACAGCAUUUCCUUAUAACCAAGGGCAGCCAACGUCAAUUUUCGGAAAAUAUCUGUUCGGAAGACGAUUUGAGAUUUUGAAAUUUCGGAACAUUUGUUGUAAAAUUUCUUGCUUUCCUGCCUCUCCUAGGAUUUUCGAACAUCUAAAACAUGGUAUAAUUGCCCAUUUUGAACGGAUUUUUACCCUAAAAAGUUCACCUAGAAUUUUCGGGGGCCUUUUCUGGCUGAAAUUUUCGAAAAUGUAAGUUCUGGUCGCUGUAAUUUUCGGAUCACUAGACUUUCAGCUAGAAAAUCCGAACAAAUGAAACAUUUUUAGGAUAUAAAAAUGUGCCUUUAUCUACCGUUUAAAUACUAAAAUACGUUUAACAAUGCUAUGUUGAAGUGGUUUUGAACUAUACUUUUGUUGGGUGCCCCUGUAUAACGCAAACACUGGCUAAAGUUACCUCAAUUAGCCAAUCACAACGAAUACGAGAUGUGAAAUGAGUGAACAUUCACAUUGUAAAGUUACAGACACCUUGUACAGUGUAUACCGCCGCCUGGUUAUCUCAGUUGGGAGAGCGCUGGUCUGCUGAGCGGGACGGUCGUGUGUUUAAACCCCGGCCGAACCAACACUCAGGGUCUUAAAAUAACUGAGAAGAAAGUGCUGCCUUUGUAAUGACAUCUGCAGACGGUUAGACUUUCUAGUCUUCUCGGAUAAGGAAGAAAACCGUAGGUUCCGUCUCAGAGCAAUUUCACUUAUCUUGUUCUUGUGAAAUGUAAAAGAACCCACACCAUUAUUCGAGAAGAGAAGGGAUGUAGACCUGGGUUAUCUGCAAGGAGACACUGAAAUUAAAGCUCCGCUCUGCUGUAUGAUCCGCACCAUAUGGUGGAAGUGAUUAAACAAAUAAAUAUAACUAAAAAAAAUCAUCUUGUGCUCUGCAAAUAUGAGUAGGUUCACUGUUCAUGCUAUGCAACAACACGUUUAAGGACAGUGGCACCCGGCAACAGAUCUCUGCUCCCCUAGUCUAGCUAGGAGCUUCUUUUCAAACGGCUCGUGGGGAAAAAUUUCCACUCGCUGAUUCCUGUAAAAAAAAAAAAUGAUUUCAUCUAGCAGAAAUUCUGCUGGUGCUUUUCCCUAAAAAUCCUGGGAAAUUCUACAAUUUAAUUUAAAGAUUACUUUUAUUGUUUUGUUUUCAAUAACGUUUAGUUUUCCGUUUUGAUAUCUUAUACUCCGAAUUAGCCUCCGCGCAAGCUCUCCAUUGGGGGGAUAUCGUAAAAAGUACACGCGAGAGGCACGGGAACGGAGACGCGACUGCGGGGGGGCGGGGGGGAAGAGAAAGGGAGACAUUGCCUCUGAAUUGCCAACCAAAUCUAAAAAGAGUAUCCUGAUCUUAUCGCUUUUCAAAUAACAAGAAACAUUGGAAGAAAACAGAACCACUCUGAGUCGGCCCUGAGUCGCUGGACUGUUAUGCCGGAAUUCAAAAGUAAUUACCAACGCCGUAACUCAUAUGUUUACUUAUAUAAGUAAUCGUAUUUGUUUCUCUUUUCAUUUUAAAUUUCCCUUUUUUUAUAUCGAUGAAAGUAAUAUGUUGAGGACCUUUCCCCUUUACCACCUUUAUUUCCAGAUUCCUCGACACCAUCGUCACAAACGACCACUAGCUCAACUUCAACAGGUCAGUGAUGUUAAGGGGUAGUCACUAAGUAUAGUGUUGCGAUGGUACUAAUUGCAGUGGCAGGUUCAGACCUUCAGAUUAGAGAGGGGGCAGUCAUCCAGACCCUGAGAUAAGGAAGGACUUUCUUAAAAUUUUUUUUCGACCUUUCAGGCCUCAGUUUGGUCCAAAAAUAACGGGAGGGCGCGGGGCCCCCGGGCCCCCCCUCUAGAUCCGCCUCUAAAUUCCCAACCAAAUCUAAAAAGAGUAUCCAGAUCUUAUCGCUUUUCAAAUAAUGCGAAACAUUGGAAGAAAACAGAACCACUCUCAGUCGGCCCCUGAGUCGCUGGACUGUUAUGCUGGAAUUCAAAAGUAAUUACCAACGCCGUAACUCAUAUGUUUACUUAUAUAAGUAAUCGUAUUUGUUUCUCUUUUCAUUUUAAAUUUCCUUUUUUUAAAUCGAUGAAAGUAAUAUGUUGAGGACGUUUUCCCUUUACCACCUUUAUUUGCAGAUUCCUCGACUCCAUCGAAACAAACGACCACUAGCUCAACUUCAACAGGUCAGUGAUGUUAAUAGGUAGUCACUAAGUAUAGUGUUGCAAUGGGACUAAUUGCAGUGGCGGAUUCAGGCCUUCAGAUAAGAGCGGGGGCGGUCAUCCAGACCCUGAGAUAAGGGGGGGGCUUUCUUAAAUUUUUUUUUCGACCUUUCAGGCCUCAGUUUGGUCCAAAAAUAACGGGGAGGCCCAGGGCGCCCGGGCCCCUCCUCUAGAUCCGCCUCUGACUUGCCAACCAAAUCUAAAAAGAGCAUCCAGAUCUUAUCGCUCUCCAAAUAAUAUGAAACAUUAGAAGAAAACAGAACCACUCUGAGUCGGCCUCUGAGUCGCUGGACUGUUAUGCCGGAAUUCAAAAGUAAUUACCAACGCCGUAACUCAUAUCUUUACUUAUAUAGGUAAACGUAUUUGUUUCUCUUUUCAUUUUAAAUUUCCUUUUUUUAUAUCGAUGAAAGUAAUAUGUUGAGGACGUUUCCCCUUUACCAACUUUAUUUGCAGAUUCCUCGACACCAUCGUCACAAAAGACCACUAGCUCAACUUCAACAGGUCAGUGAUGUUAAUAGGUAGUCACUAAGUAUAGUGUUGCAAUGGGACUAAUUGCAGUGGCGGAUUCAGGCCUUCAGAUAAGAGUGGGGGCGGUCAUCCAGACCCUGAGAUAAGGGGGGGCUUUCUUAAAAAUUUUUUUUUGACCUUUCAGGCCUCAGUUUGGUCCAAAAAUAAUGGGGAGGCCCAGGGCCCCCGGGCCCCUCCUCUAGAUCCGCCUCUGACUUGCCAACCAAAUCUAAAAGGAGCAUCGAGAUCUUAUCGCUCUUCAAAUAAUGCGAAACAUUGGAAGAAAACAGAACCACUCUGAGUCGGCCCCUGAGUCGCUGGACUUUUAUGCCGGAAUUCGCAAGUAAUUAUUAACGCCGUAACUCAUAUGUUUACUUAUAUAAGUAAUCGUAUUUGUUUCUGUUUUUAUUUUAAAUUUCCUUUUUUUAUAUCGAUGAAAGUAAUAUGUUGAGGACGUUUCCCCUUUACCAACUUUAUUUGCAGAUUCCUCGACACCAUCGUCACAAAAGACCACUAGCUCAACUUCAACAGGUCAGUGAUGCUAGGGGGUAGUCACUAAGUAUAGUGUUGCAAUGGGUCUAAUUGCAGUGGCAAUUAAGGGAGGGCUUUCAUAAAAUUUUUUUUGGACCUUUUAUGCCUCAGUUUGGUCCAAAAAUAAAGGGGAGGCCAAGGGCCCCCGGGCCCCUCCUCUAGAUCCGCCUCUGAAAUGCCAACCAAAUCUAAAAAGAGUAUCCAGAUCUUAUUGCUUUUCAAAUAACACGAAACAUUGGAAGAAAACAGAACCACUCUCAGUCGGCCUCUGAGUCGCUGGACUGUUAUGCCGGAAUUCAAAAGUAAUUACCAACGCCGUAACUCAUAUCUUUACUUAUAUAGGUAAACGUAUUUGUUUCUCUUUUCAUUUUAAAUUUCCUUUUUUUAUAUCGAUGAAAGUAAUAUGUUAAGGACGUUUCCGCUUUACCAACGUUAUUUGCAGAUUCCUCGACACCAUCGUCACAAAAGACCACUAGCUCAACUUCAACAGGUCAGUGAUGUUAAUAGGUAGUCACUAAGUAUAGUGUUGCAAUGGGACUAAUUCCAGUGGCGGAUUCAGGCCUUCAGAUAAGAGUGGGGGCGGUCAUCCAGACCCUGAGAUAAGGGGGGGCUUUCUUAAAAAUUUUUUUUCGACCUUUCAGGCCUCAGUUUGGUCCAAAAAUAACGGGGAGGCCCAGGGCCCCCGGGCCCCUCCUCUAGAUCCGCCUCUAAAUUGCCAACCAAAUCUAAAAAGAGUAUCCAGAUCUUAUCGCUCUUCAAAUAAUACGAAACAUUGGAAGAAAACAGAACCACACUGAGUCGGCCCCUGAGUCGCUGGACUUUUAUGCCGGAAUUCGCAAGUAAUUAUUAACGCCGUAACUCAUAUGUUUAGUUAUAUAAGUAAUCGUAUUUGUUUCUCUUUUCAUUUUAAAUUUCCUUUUUCUAUAUCGAUGAAAGUAAUAUGUUGAGGACGUUUCCCCUUUACCAACUUUAUUUGCAGAUUCCUCGACACCAUCGUCACAAACGACCACUAGCUCAACUUCAACAGGUCAGUGAUGUUAAUAGGUAGUCACUAAGUAUAGUGUUACAAUGGGACUAAUUGCAGUGGCGGAUUCAGGCCUUCAGAUAAGAGCGGGGGCGGUCAUACAGACCCUGAGAUAAGGGGGGGCUUUCUUAAAAUUUUUUUUUCGACCUUUCAGGCCUCAGUUUGGUCCAAAAAUAACGGGGAGGCCCGGGGCCCCCGGGCCCCCCUUCUAGAUCCACCUCUAAAUUGCCAACCAAAUCUAAAAAGACUAUCCAGAUCUUAUCGCUUUUCAAAUAACACGAAACAUUGGAAGAAAACAGAACCACACUGAGUCGGCCCCUGAGUCGCUGGACUGUUAUGCCGGAAUUCAAAAGUAAUUACCAACGCCGUAACUCACAUGUUUACUUAUAUAAGUAAACGUAUUUGUUUCUCUUUUCAUUUUAAAUUUCUUUUUUUUAUAUCGAUAAAAGUAAUAUGUUGAGGACUUUUCCUCUUUACCAACUUUAUUUGCAGAUUCCUCGACUCCAUCGUCACAAAAGACCACUAGCUCAACUUCAACAGGUCAGUGAUGUUGAGGGGUGGUCACUAAGUAUAGUGUUGCAAUGGGACUAAUUGCAGUGGCGGAUUCAGGCCUUCAGAUAAGAGCGGGGGCGGUCAUCCAGACCCUGAGAUAAGGGGGGGCUUUCUUAAAAAUUUUUUUCGACCUUUCAGGCCUCAGUUUGGUCCAAAAAUAACGGGGAGGCCCAGGGCCCCUGGGCGCCUCCUCUAGAUCCCCCUCUGAAUUGCCAACCAAACCUAAAAGAGUAUCCAGAUCUUAUCGCUUUUCAAAUAAUACGAAACAUUGGAAGAAAACAGAACCACUCUGAGUCGGCCUCUGAGUCGCUGGACUUUUAUGCCGGAAUUCGCAAGUAAUUAUUAACGCCGUAACUCAUAUGUUUACUUAUAUAAGUAAUCGUAUUUGUUUCUGUUUUUAUUUUAAAUUUCCUUUUUCUAUAUCGAUGAAAGUAAUAUGUUGAGGACGUUUCCCCUUUACCAACUUUAUUUGCAGAUUCCUCGACACCAUCGUCACAAACGACCACUAGCUCAACUUCAACAGGUCAGUGAUGUUAAUAGGUAGUCACUAAGUAUAGUGUUGCAAUGGGACUAAUUGCAGUGGCGGAUUCAGGCCUUCAGAUAAGAGCGGGGGCGGUCAUCCAGACCCUGAGAUAAGGGGGGGCUUUCUUAAAAAUUUUUUUCGACCUUUCAGGCCUCAGUUUGGUCCAAAAAUAACGGGGAGGCCCAGGGCCCCUGGGCGCCUCCUCUAGAUCCCCCUCUGAAUUGCCAACCAAACCUAAAAGUGUAUCCAGAUCUUAUCGCUUUUCAAAUAAUACGAAACAUUGGAAGAAAACAGAACCACUCUGAGUCGGCCUCUGAGUCGCUGGACUUUUAUGCCGGAAUUCGCAAGUAAUUAUUAACGCCGUAACUCAUAUGUUUACUUAUAUAAGUAAUCGUAUUUGUUUCUCUUUUCAUUUUAAAUUUCCUUUUUUUAUAUCUAUGAAAGUAAUAUGUUGAGGACGUUUCCCCUUUACCAACGUUAUUUGCAGAUUCCUCGACACCAUCAUCACAAAAGACCACUAGCUCAACUUCAACAGGUCAGUGAUGUUAAUAGGUAGUUACUAAGUAUAGUGUUGCAAUGGGACUAAUUGCAGUGGCAGAUUCAGGCCUUCAGAUAAGAGCGCGGGCGGUCAUACAGACCCUGUGAUAAGGGGGGGCUUUCUUAAAAUUUUUUUUUCGACCUUUCAGGUCCCAGUUUGGUCCAAAAAUAACGGGGAGGCCCGCGGCCCCCGCGCUCCCCCUCUAGAUCCGCCUCUAAAUUGCCAACCAAAUCUAAAAAGAGUAUCCAGAUCUUAUCGCUUUUCAAAUAACACGAAACAUUGGAAGAAAACAGAACCACUCUGAGUCGGCCCUUGAGUCGCUGGACUGUUAUGCCGGAAUUCAAAAGUAAUUACCAACGCCGUAACUCAUAUCUUUACUUAUAUAGGUAAACGUAUUUGUUUUUCUUUUCAUUUUAAAUUUCCUUUUUUUAUAUCGAUGAAAGUAAUAUGUUGAGGACGUUUCCCCUUUACCAACUUUAUUUGCAGAUUCCUCGACAGCAUCGUCACAAAAGACUACUAGCUCAACUUCAACAGGUAAGUGAUGUUAAUAGGUAGUCACUAAGUAUAGUAUUGCAAUGGGACUAAUUGCAGUGGUGGAUUCAGGCCUUCAGACAAGAGCGGGGGCGGUCAUCCAGACCCUGAGAUAAGGGGGGGGGCGCUUCUUAAAAUUUUUUUUCGACCUUUCAGGCCUCAGUUUGGUCCAAAAAUAACGGGCAGGCGCAGGGCCCCCUGGCCCCUCCUCUAGAUCCGCCUCUAAAUUGCCAACCUAAUCUAAAAACAGUAUCCAGAUCUUAUCGCUUUUCAAAUAACACGAAACAUUGGAAGAAAACAGAACCACUCUGAGUUGGCCCCUGAGUCGCUGGACUGUUAUGCCGGAAUUCAAAAGUAAUUACCAACGCCGUAACUCAUAUGUUUACUUAUAUAGGUAAACGUAUUUGUUUCUCUUUUCAUUUUAAAUUUCCUUUUUUUAUAUCGAUGAAAGUAAUAUGUUGAGGAUGUUUCCUCUUUACCAACUUUAUUUGCAGAUUCCUCCACACCAUCGUCACAAAAGACCACUCGCUCAACUUCAACGGGUCAGUGAUGUUAAGGGGUAGUCACUAAGUAUAGUGUUGCAAUGGGACUAAUUGCAGUGGCGGAUUCAGGCCUUCAGAUAAGAGUCGGGACGGUCAUCCAGACCCUGAGAUAAGGGGGGGCUUUCUUAAAUUUUUUUUUCGACCUUUCAGGCCUCAGUUUGGUCCAAAAAUAAGGGGGAGGCCCAGAGCUCCCGGGCCCCUCCUCUAGAUCCGCCUCUGACUUGCCAACCAAAUCUAAAAAGAGUAUCCAGAUCUUAUCGCUUUUCAAAUAACACGAAACAUUGGAAGAAAACAGAACCACUCUGAGUCAGCCCCUGAGUCGCUGGACUGUUAUGCCGGAAUUCGCAAGUAAUUAUUAACGCCGUAACUCAUAUGUUUACUUAUAUAAGUAAUCGUAUUUGUUUCUGUUUUUAUUUUAAAUUUCCUUUUUUUAUAUCGAUGAAAGUAAUAUGUUGAGGACGUUUCCCCCUUACCAACUUUAUCUGCAGAUUCCUCGACACCAUCGUCACAAAAGACCACUAGCUCAACUUCAACAGGUCAGUGAUGCUAGGGGGUAGUCACUAAGUAUAGUGUUGCAAUGGGUCUAAUUGCAGUGGCAAUUAAGGGAGGGCUUUCUUAAAAUUUUUUUGUACCUUUCAUGCCUCAGUUUUGUCCAAACAUAACGGGGAGGCCCAGGGCCCCCGGGCCCCUCCUCUAGAUCCGCCUCUGAAUUGCCAACCAACUCUAAACAUAGUAUCCAGGUCUUAUCGCUUUUCAAAUAAUACGAAACAUUGGAAGAAAACAGAACCACUCUCAGUCGGCCUCUGAGUCGCUGGACUGUUAUGCCGGAAUUCAGAAGUAAUUACCGGGUGUCAGUAAAACGCCGGGUAGCGCCCCGGCCGGGGCUGAAGAUGGGGUCUAUGUCUUGUUUUUAAAGAAUACUGUUUUAGGGUUAGGGUUAGGGUUAGCGUCAAAUCGAACCCUAACCCUAACCCUUAAACAGCAUUCUUUAAUAGGAAGAUAGACCCGGACCCCGGCCACGACUCCGCGUUCUACUGACACUCGUAAUUACCAGCGAGUUGCAUCGUGCUCCAGUCUAGAGACACAUUUUCACAAAUUAACAAAAUAUAGUGUAUUAAUUCCUGGUAGGCCCACAGGUAACCACAGUACGGUUCCAGUAAAAUUCCCGGGUAAAGUUACAGUGUUUGUAUGUGGUAAAAAUACGAUCCUAAAAGUUCUAGAAAAAUAGUGAAUAAAGAUCAAUGAAACUUACUCUGCAAUUAGUUGUUGUUGUCCUUAAUGCUCCAACGAAGUUUCGUGAUAGUUUGUUUAAAUUCACCCUAUAUACAAUAAUAAUAUACAAGGUAGGAGACGCGAGAUGCCAUCUUCACCGCCAUGCUCCCUUUUAAGACAACUUUUUCCUCGAAAUUCGAACUCCAACGGAAAAUAAACAUGCCAGGAAGUAGCCGGGCCAGAUCAACGCGCGGCCAAGAAAAUGAGGCCUGGGCAGUGUACAAAAAAAAUCCAUCCCGGGAGUCCUGGGAUGACCUUUCUGGGGACCAAUACAUCAUUUGCCUGAAGCCACCCUCCCCUGCUGGAAAAAUACUUGAUAGAAGGCAAUUGUUUUUCCUAGCCAAUCACAACUCGCUAGAGCAAACUCCGCGCACGCGCCCAAAUUUACCACCCCAGGACUCCCGAGAUGGAUUUUUUUGUACACUGCCCAGGCCUUAUUUUCUUGGCCACACGUUGAUCUGGCCCGGCUACUUCGGCAAGCAUGUUCUCGGUCUUUUUGGAUUACUUCCUUUGAGUUUGUCAAACUCUGUGGGAUUCGUUUCUCUAUCUGAAAAAGCUUUAUUGGUUUCUAUAUCUGUUGCUAUCCUAUUUCUACGAUCAUGGCAUGUUUAUUUUCCGUUGAGUUCGAAUUUCGUGGAAAAAGUUGUGUUGAAAGGGAGCAUGGCGGCGAAGAUGGCAUCUCGUGUCUCCUACCUUGUAUAUUAUUAUUGUGUAUCAAUAGAUCAUUCUCUCUUGUGUAUACAGAGUGAAUUUGAACAAAUUAUCACGAAACUUCGUUAGAGCAUUAAAAACAACCACAACUAACUGCGGAGUAAGUUUCAUUGAUGUUUAUUUAGUAUUUCCUAGAAAUUUUAGGAUCGCAUUUUUACCCCAUACAAACACUGUCAUUUUAAUGGAACCGUAUUGUGGUACUAUCACAGAGCCUGGGUUACCUGUGGUGCUCGGUAACUUUUGGCGUUUGGAGCAAAUUUUUGUCGUUCUAGCAACCUCGAGCAAAUUUUGCCUUUCUGAGCAACUUUUGAGCAAAACAUAGGUUUAGUGGCCCCUCGGCUAAAAGCACAUAUCAAACACGAAAAAGUCAAUGAUUCAUAGAAAACUUCAAUGUUUUUAAUUUCUUUUUUAAUUAUUUAAAAUUUUUUUUAAAUUUAAUUUUUUUUUUCUUCACCGAUGUUAGCAAUUAUUGUGAAAAACGAAAAACAAACCUUUUAAUUAACGUUUAUAUAAAAAUAUCAAGAAAUUUAAGUGGCAACUUUUGAAAUUUAGGUAGCAACUUUUUAGCGUUCCAGUGAGAAACUUUCCUGCAUUUUACGAGCUCAAUUGGGAAACCCUAAUCCUGGGGGGAUACUCCCUAUAAUGGCAUAUACGGGGGCUCGAAAAGGGGUACUUUUUUCAGGCAUUAGAUCGAUGAAAGGGUAGGGAUUUUACUUGUUAAGUUACAUGGAGGGGGGUUCUAUCUCAUCGAUCGUCGUCGAUGCAAACUCUGAAAAGUCAGGUUUCCGUAUAAUCGCUAUGAUCGCUGCAAUAGCUGAACUUUUUUUUCAGCGAUCGCAGCAAUCAGAGCGAUCGUAGCGAUCGUAGCGAUCAUAUGGAAAUCAGGCUUUAAGCUCCCUGUGAGCCUGCGUCAGGUCGCUGACAUAAUGUACCAGCCAGUCAAUAACAAAACUGCCCAUGCCCACGCGGAGACCCCUGGGAAUCUGUCUUUUUUUGAAAGGUUUUGGUCAAAUUUCCUGGAAUGUUGGCGGUUUAGAUGGUCAAAUACCCCACCGGCUAGCGCUUGAAAAAGUGUCAAAUAAACCGUUUAUUCAAAUCUAAAUUUCCUCCUAAACACAACCGAAAUAUCUCAAGUCUAGGAAAACUGUCUUACGGAGAUUUGUUCAUUCCAAUAGCACUGUUCAUUUCAAAAAGCCCACAUUUAACGGGCUCUUUCAAACUACGCGUAAACGGACGCAAUAUUGGGAGUUGUUGGCCAACAAUGUUGCUCCAACAAUGUUGCGUCCGUUUGCACGUAGCUUCAUAGGCUCUCAAAUGCUCCAACAAAACAGUGAAUAUAGGAGCAAUGACGUCAGUAAUACUUGAACGUGAUGUACACGCUGAACGAAACGCUGACCAACAUUUUGACACGAAAGUCAAUGCCCUACAGGUCGGGCCUCAAAUUUUGGGUCAAAUUCCCCACUGUACGGAAAAAUUCCCGGGGUAUGCCCGGGGGGGUAGGAGGUUUUGGAAUUGACUGGUAAGUAAUCUAACCCUUGUCGCAGGCUAGCUAGAAAGAUUAAGACUCCGUACUGAUAAACAUUCGGCUGGUGCACGAUAUACUUAGCGAAUAGCAAGUCUCGAGUUACGUCACAAAGAACACAACAAUGAUCGUUAUCCCUUACACGAUAACACAAUAGACUUCGCACAAUAGAACGAGACAAUAGUGCAUAAAUUGACUUGCUAUAUCGAGCAUCACCCAAACAUUCGCUCAUUUGUUUAAUACCCACUUUUAACUGAGUCUGAAUUUCUAAUUUUUUUCGAGUAGCACCAGCAGAUACAGGAGCAGCAACAACCGGCCAGGGUAACAGCAAGUCAGCUGACAAGUGGAUUCCCGCGAUUGCGAUUUUAACGUCUGGACUGGCCUUGUCUUUGACCCUGUUUACGGCUUAUCACUUUAUUAGUAAAAAGUAUGGCACAGGAUGCCGCGCGUGGCGUAAGAUGACAUCAAGAGAGAAUGAGCUAAAUCAUUCUCUCUUGAUGACAUCCGAUCAUUUAUAAAGCAAAGGAAAUCACUAAAAGGGGCUUUGUCACGAGGACACUUGGCUGAGAUCAUUACUUAAUGCCUCACAAAAUGCUCAGUUAGAUAUAAGAAGAAGAUUCCACACAAAUUUUAUCAGGGCGGCACUAACCAUAAUAUUUUUUGGCGAUUUUUGUAGGCAGAGCUUCAAAACUUAAAAAUGUUGGUUUUAACUGUUUAAGCUUUCAAUCCAUGUCCAUCCUUGCCAUCCGUUGCAACAGAAGACAGGAAAAAAUUUCAAUGCCUAAAUUACAUAAUUCUGUAAACAUAUUACAAUUCCUAUUACAUAUUCUAAAUGCUAAAUUACACAAUAUAUAAGGCUAUCAUAUUAUCUCACCCAACAUAGUGUCACAUGGCACUUUUGCAGGAAGUCAGACAAGAGAAAACUAGAAAAGUUUCAUUCAGGAAAGAGCACUCCGUAUUUUGUUCAAUAGCUAGUAACUCUUGACUUUGAGAUGCUUAAGAUAAAACAGGAUUGGGAGGAAAAGUUGUUAAAUGUGGUAGCAUCAUCACAAAUGUUAGUAAUGUAAGCUAGUUCCUAAUCAGGGGCACCCAACGGCAAUUUUCGGGAAAAUAUCUGUUCGGAAGACGAUUUGAGAACUAGAAUUUUCGGAACAUUUGUUGUAAAAUUUCUUGCUUGCCUUCCUCUCCUAGGAUUUUCGAACAUCUACAAAAUGGUAUAAUUACCCAUUUUAAACGAAUAUUUACCCUAAAAAAGGCCACCUAGAAUUUUCGGGAGUCUUUUCCUGGCUAAAAUUUUCGAAAAGGUAAGUUUUGAUCCCUAUAAUUUUCGGAUCACUAGACUUUCAGCUAGGAAAUCCGAACAGAUGAAAAGUUUUUAGGGGAUAAAAAUAUGCCUAUAUCUACCGUUUAAAUACUAAAAUACGUUCAACAAUGCUAUGUUAAGUGGUUUUGAGUUACAUCCUCGUUGGGUGCCCCAGCCUAAUCAUAGUUUGACCUAAGCGAUAGAUCAAGUGCAGAAAUAGUUGGCCCGUACUCGGUUCAGAAUCGAAGCAGCUUAUGAGUCAGUUAGUCCCAAAUGUGUUCAAAAGCGCCCAGUUAUGUUUAUGCCGACGCACUCUGGAACUAAGAUGUGUGCGGAGACUUAAAAAGUAAUAAUAAACAAAAAAAAAAAAUCGGAAGCUGUCCACCACUAACAACAGACAACUGCAAAAAAUGAAUAAAAGCUCUCACCUUUUUACUUCGCAUCGAUACAGCAUUUGAAUAGCACCAUAGCAAAGUACUACUCCGUAGCUUUCAUUAGAAUGUAAACGCUUUACGAUUUUACCCACUAGAGACUUAAGAGUCAUAGAUAAUCUGGAAGAUUAAGAAUUGAAUAGGUGCUGCUCAGUAGUCUUUCGAUUCAUUGUACAUGUAUGGCCUUUAGCAGUUUAGUCCACAGGCUUUGAAUAAAAUCUAAAGUAUCGUUUCACAGUAUGAUGAAUAGCGCCAUGAGAAAUGAGUACGAACAGCUCUCACCAGAAUUGCCAGCUUGCUUUCAAAGUUUCAUUCACGACAGACUAGUGGGUUUGAAUCUCGCUCUGACCUUGAGCUGGUUUGUACGUCGUUUCUUGGUAGAAUCAACAUUGACUGUAAAUGAUGAUUUCAUGUGUAUCUCUAAGCUCGUUUUCCAGCCGCUUGAAGAAGUCCCAAUCGUAUUGUUCUCAUAACAAGCUGAAGCUAACUUGGUGGAAGCGAAGGAAAACGGGCGUCAGCUUUCAUGGUUAUCGAGACUAGUUUAUUUCCUGCCAAUUGUGAUUUUAUUAAAUUAAUCAUUGAUUCUACAUGUGUAUAAAGUGCCUGUAAACUACAUGGAGCUGAUAACGUCACUACAUUUUAUUUAUAGUUUAUAACGGGACUACUUUAUUUGUUCACUAGAAGCAACAACAUAAUUUGAAAGAAAACCGUAGUUCAACAGCUUUCAGGUGAAUGAUCAACACGUUUCAGCGCGAGACAUGGGCGAAGGGGAAGGCUGCACGCGCUCCAGAAAAAUUCGAAAAAAUAGCGCAUGUUGAAGGUUAGCUGCGAACUUUAGCCCAUGAAAAUCCUUUGUCCGAUAAAGCUGCGUCUGGGUUGCCGUGGACAGCAAAGUCAUAAAGUGAUGAUUCAGCAAGUUUCACGUUGUAGUCGUGCAAAACAACUGCAGAACAGACGCGUUUGCUUUCACUUCUGCUAGAGAGAAUAAUCAUGUAAAGCAGUAGAAAAUGACUAAACUUUUGUAAUGAAAGAGGCAAGGAUUAGAUUUAACGUAACGAUUAUACUGAAGUAAAAAUGUCAGUUGUUUUUCCCGGCUGUAAGAAAUUAAUCACUUAAUCGAUUGUUAGGCUGUUUGU